AUGCUCCUUGGCCCUAUAAACUCGGUGGACUGUAUUGUAUUUUGCAUAUUUCUCGCUGCUCACCUUAUCCGUACAGUCGGCUUCUGGAGGACCGCAAGACAUGCCUUGCGGGCGGUCCCCUUGAUAGUCUUCGACAUUCCCCUGUUACUGGCCCGGCGUCUUCUCUUUGCUUGGGGCUUCAACGUCAUUGCCCCGGACCAGUUUACCUGCACGGCCUCGGCCUUUGAGGUUAUUGCGGUGCAAUGCACGCGUUGGUCCCAUGUAAACCUGCCUCUGGAUAUCCUGAGAGCCUUCUUCGGUCGGGGCGUGGUCCGCCCAUUUCUGAGAUGGCGCAUGCUUCGUCAUUUCUUUUUCUGGUCCCCCGUGACUUGUGAAGACUAUGAAGGUCACGAGGUUGACCCCGCCGUCAAAGGCAUCUGGAUCAAGGAAGACCCCGAUGAGGAUCCUGAUCUCGUAGUGUAUUAUAUCCACGGCGGAGGCUUUAUUAUGGGCUCGCCCUCGUUCUACCUCGAGUAUCUUAUAGCGCUCCACUCGAUGCUGCGUGAUACGUUUAAGAAUCCUUACAUCUUUGCUAUCGAGUAUACUCGCCCCUGCUGCGCAAUUCCCCACUCAGCCGCAAGAAGUCCUAAACGGCUACGCCCACGUCUUAUCGGUAGCCAAAUCCAAGGAUCGGGUUUGCCUGAUGGGCGACUCUGCCGGCGGCACAUUGGCUUUGACGCUCCUUAG